UACACUUGGAACCAUGCAACUACCAGAUGCGGCCAUUUUGAAUUUUAGCGCGAGCGCGCCCUAUAAAAGCCCUUCCAUUGAGCUUUAAACUUCUGACAAGGCUCUCCGUUUUCGAACUUGCAAAUCCAAAACGUAACAGUGAUUUGAACAGAGUGAACGAGCUCGAGCACAGAUAACUGACAAUGGGGAAACGAAUUCGGAAAAUGAGAUCGAUCCGUUGCUGCGUCUCUCCUCGAUUGAAGUUUCUUACUCCUCACUCCAUCUUCUCCUGGUUUUUUCUCUUUCUAUCCCCCCCACUGCGUCUGUACAUUUCUGAAACGUAUCUGCAUUUUAAUACAUAGAGGUUUUUCUUACAUACGAAUGCAUGUGCGAAAUGAAUGAACAGCUUAGAGUGCUAUUGAAAAUCGAAGUGAAGUCUGGUUUAUUCGAUGAGAAUGUUUCUGUCUGUGGCUUGUGUAUGAAGAGGACACGUGGACAGAGAUUGCAAAGUAUUUGGAUGGGAAGUCGCUGAUAAUGCUUGCAGCAACUUGUAAGUGGUUCCAACAUGUCAUUAUGAGUGAGAGUGUCUGGAAGCACGCUUCUUUGCGUGACCUUGAGGUUUCUGAUCCUGGAAAAGUGGGUUGCAAAUGGAUUAAGCUAUACGCUACAGCCUUCGAUGGCAGUCAUUCUUACAUGUUCCGCCAGGCAGAUAAGCACAUUGACUGGAUGCGCAUUGGAGCUUUUGUUUUCGAUUCAAAAGCUGCACUUCUCACAGAAAAUCUAAUGACUCCUUUAAGAAUCCCAAGAGAAGAAACAACAGAAGAAAUGGUGGAGCUGAAUGGCAGAUGCGUGGUAAGCCCUAUCAGGAGUGGCAUUUGGCUUGCUGAUUUACAACUUGUUCGAUGCCCGGUCUGUGAUCUCAAUACGUGUGAUGGAACAAUGCAGACAUUAGAUGCAAGACACAUUGAGCUGUUCCUGAGUGAGGGGUACCAGGAUGGAAGCUGGAAUUAUGAGUUGCUGGGGACCCAUGAGGUGAAGAAGAGAGCAGAUGGAGCAACUGCUGCAAUUUUUGAUAUCAGGCAUCUCAAAGAUUGCACCACCCAAAUGGUUCUUGAUUUUGACUCGUGGAAAGGGAAACCAAAUGAUUGGCAGCCUAAAUCUGUUGUUGCCCCUCAUGCAGUGGCAGUCAACACCAACUUACAGCCAAAUGACGGUCUUCAAGUAAAAUACCAUGGCAUGAAGGCAGGAAGCGAUGGUGAAAUAGUUUCAAUCAGAAUAUCUCAGCAACUACUUUAGUCACUCCUAUGAUGAUUCUGAAUGCCCUGCAUAUAUAUAUUACACACUCAUAAUUUUAGUCCAGGCUGGAAUAGAGGUUCUUUUAAUGUCAUCUUUUUUACCAGACAAUGUUUUAAACUUGCGCCAACUUAGCAUAGCAUUUCAGGACGUUCUCAAUUACUUAGUCCAAUUAGCGACCUAGCUAUGGAGACUCCGUAUAUCAUUAAUUUUGUCAGCUAAA